AUUCCUUAUAAUUACAUCUUUUUAUAUUAUUUUUUAUAUUAUCACAUUUUAAAUUCAAAAUGGUACUUGCGGUAUUAAUAGAAGCUUUAAUUGUUAUUUUAAGUGUCGUAUACAUUUAUUAUAAAUAUGUGAUAUUUAAUUUCUGGCGCAAGAGAAAUGUUUUUUACGUUGAACCUGUUGUACCAACUGGAAAUGUAACACCUCUCGUAACUGGAAAAACGCAAGUAGGCGUACUUUAUCAAAAUGCCUACAUGAAAUAUAAACAUCAUCGCGCAUUUGGAAUGUAUUCAUUUUAUAAACCUAAUUUAGUAAUCGCCGAUCCCGAUCUUAUACGGACGGUAUUGACAAAGGAAUUCAACAGUUUUCAUGACCGUGGAAUGUUUUGCAACGAAGAAAUUGAUCCAUUAAUUGGCAAUUUGUUUUUUAUGGCUGGAAAAAGAUGGAGAAAUAUGCGCGCCAAGAUGACACCAACAUUUACUUCAGGAAAAAUUAAGCAAAUGUUUUUUAUUCUUAAGGAAUGUGGCGAAAAACUGGCAAAGCAUCUGGAAAGUAAGGCUCAAAUAAAAGAGUCUAUCGAAGUAAAAGAUACAUUUGCAAGAUAUACAACGGACGUAAUCAUGUCAGCAGCUUUUGGUAUCAAAUCUAAUUGUAUAGAGGAACCGAAUAAUGAAUAUCGAAUCCAGGGAGACAAAAUUUUCAACAUGAAUUCAAUUACGAUUGCCAUGGCUAUGUAUGCGCCGCAAAUUAUGAAAUUCUUUUCUAUUCCUUUCACGACACCAUCUGUCACGAAAUUUUAUAUAAAUAUGUUUAAAGAGACUGUAGAAUAUAGGCAAACUAAUAAUAUCGUUAGACACGACUUUGUCAAUUUGCUCAUACAACUGAUGGAAAGGGGCUACGUCGAUCCUGAAGAUGACAAUAAGACUACCAACAAAUCAUCAACCAUAAAUAAACUUACGAUGACAGAAGCUACUGCACAAAGUUAUGUCUUCUUCGCAGCUGGCUUUGAAACCUCCGCAACGACGAUGACAUUUGCCAUGUACGAAUUAUCUCAACAUCAAGAUAUUCAGGAUAAACUUCGAAAGGAAAUCGAUGAAAUGUUAGAAAAACAUGGUGAUCCGACCUAUGACGUUGUGAAUAAUAUGUCAUACCUUCACAAAGUAAUAAGUGAGACUUUAAGGAAAUAUCCACCUCUUCCUAUUUUGCAACGCAUCUGCACUAAAGAAAUAGUCUUACCGACAAUGAACAUUCACGUCCCAAAAGGGACGUUAAUAACUAUACCUGUACUUGGAUUACAUCGAGAUCCAUCGAUAUAUCUAAAUCCGGAUAAAUUUGAUCCUGAACGCUUCAACGCAGACGAAGUAAAAAAAAGGCAUUCUUACGCUUACAUGCCAUUCGGGGAAGGACCACGAAACUGCAUUGGUUUACGAUUUGGAUACUUACAAACAAAAGUUGGCCUUGUGAGUCUUCUAUCGAAAUACAAGUUCAAGCUUCAUUCCCGGACUCCGGUCCCGCUUACUUAUAGUGAAGGAUCUGCAAUUCUCUCAGCAAAAAGUGGUGUACAUCUUAUUAUUGAGCGACGAUAAAAUUAUUUUUCUUGCGUAAAAAUUAAAAAUAUUUUCUCUUAACUUAUUCAUGGAAUACGGGGCAUAUGUGUUAAAAAUAAAUGAUAAAUAACAGAAUGGAUCUAUUCAAAUAUAUAUUUUGUUAAAAAUAAAAAAUAUAUAGUACUAAGUAUACUGUAUUAAGUAUCAAGGUUAUAAAAGUACAACACGGGUAUUGGUGUGUAAAAAUUAUUUUUCCUUUUUGAUGAGUGUUUAAUAUAUGUGAUUAUACAAUUUAAAAGUCCGACCGCGUUUUGACUACAAUUCGAGUCAGUAUCAACAAAAGUAAUCGUAAAUGUGAGAAUAUAUCAUAAAAUUCAAGAUAAAAAUAGUCUAUGUAUAGGCCUAGCAGUAGAAUUUUGCGAUUUCCUGUUGAAUUACUGAUUUCCGAUUAUCCAUCUUUGUUCAUCGAAUAGAAUAAGCUAUAAUUUAAUUAUGAGUUAAUUAUAAUAAGUAUGAAUUAUAAUAAGUACUGAGUAAAAAUGAAUUUUGAACACAUUAAAUGCUCGCAAACCUGUAUAUUCUUUAAAUUGUAAUUAAAAAAAAUUGUAUGAAA